CAAACAUAUCGACGUUGGCACGACAUUUAGUACGUUGUUACCUCAACAAGAAGUAAAGCAUAGUAUCACGACAUUUAGUGCGUUUUUACCUCAACUACAAGUAAAGCAUACAACUGAUACUAUCUUCUUCGACGCGAGGACAUGAGUCAUGAGACGAGUAGUGAGAUGUCGACACGACUAGACAUGAGAGUGAGACAUUAGAGUGAUGGAUCAAUGAUGGAUCAAUUGACAUGAAGAAGGGUUGUCGGUGAAAAAAUGCAUUUCUUGUUUCUUCUACUUGUCCUCGAAGAAGUUGUCCUCGUCCUCUCGAAUGGCGGCUCGUCGUAAACAAUGUUCGGUAGUUCUUGAGUGAUGAAACUACAGCUCCUGUCAAGUGGACGAGAACAUGCCUAGAAGGUGAACUACCUCACCCUCAAUCUUAUCGCGAUCAGAUAGUCAGAAGAACUCAAGUUCCCCCUGCCCUCCGCUUUCCGUCGCAUAAAAAAAAAACCCCUGGUAGUAGUACUAAGUUGUACAACUUAAAGACCGUUCUGUUGUUCUACAUUAGCACCAUUACUUGAAUGAUGCUACAACUACUUCUAACCCUACUAAUAUUUGUUCGUCUUCGUUGCCGUUGGGUGUUGGUACUUUCUUCUGACUCGUUGCCGUUGGGUGUGGGUACUUUCUUCUGAAUGCUGUUGAUUCUAUAUGUACAACAUCCCUCAGUUCUUGUUAUGCUAGAAGUUUUUCAUGUACCCAGGAAAAGGAAUACGAUUUCGGUUAGCGAGUUAAAAACUAGUACCAACAUCCAGACUGCCAUUAAACAACUACUUAGUGUUAGAGUAGUUGGUAGAUCACGACGACAACCAUUACGGAAGAAGAAGUACGUUCUUAUGUAGAGACGGCACUACACAAAAGUGUAGUUGUACAACUAGCACUAGCACCUCUAGGACUUCUAGAAAGAAAAUCACGCGUCCAAACAAGAACAAUGGAAACAGGUGAAGACGAGGAUGCGUCGCCUCCUCGCUUCAUCCCUGACGCAGCGACUGACUCUGUGCCGGUCACGCUUCUCCCCUCUGCAUUGCAGAUGCAACGAGACAGGAGGAAAAUGACCACGAGACCGACAAGAAAAGAGACGAUCAGUCAGAAGAGGUACUAGCGACUCUUAUUAAAGCAACUGCUGCAACUGUCUAUAAGCGCAAGUUCGUGUGGGUUAUUUUUCACCUUUCAGAUAGAGAUAUUGACUACCUCCACUUCCUUUUCUGCUUCUACAUCUACUGCUCCCAUUCUCAUCACUGACCAAUCUCAGGACCGAGUUUGCGAAAGGCUUGUUUAAUCAGGAUUUAAAGCAAUUGUCGGAGUGGCACAGGUGGCGUUCACCCUUAGAGCAAAAAAAGUUUCUGAAAUCUGUCGACAACUUGUACUCCGUUUGGCUAAAAAAGGGACAGCAAGUACUAGAAGGAGGAAGUGGAGGAGGUACUUUGUUUACCGUAUUUAUAGAACGGAUGUAGGAUGGACUUAGAUGGAUCGGAUGGACCCCCCUGAUUCUUCCGAUCCUACUUGAAAUGGUGGAAAGUCCAUCCGUUCCAUCCGAUCCAUCCGAUCCAUCCCAUCCCGGAUCUGGCACCCCUAUCCACUGCUCUAGUAUUACUUUUUUUUCAUGUUGUUGUAACCACACAAACAAACACACAAAAAAUGGCCUCCAUCCGAUUAUCCGAACGGAUAGAGGCUCUACUUUCUGCAACUAGAAAAUAGUACAAGAACGAGGAUAACAAAGUAGAAUUAUCUCCUAUCCUCUUCAUAGAAAUCUUUUUUUGAUCAUUCCUCUCCCAACCUAAAUACACAGGAAACGAUACGGGGACGCAGCUAACAAUAUUAGAACCAAAGCCUCUCACCGACAUACCAGAGGAUGGCAUCCUCCCUUCGGAAGCAGGUAUUAAUCGGACUUACAUCAAUACAAUAAUAUUUGUUUUUCGAAAGCUACUGAAACUAAAAACUGUACUAUUUUUUUCAAGUUCAAGGACAUCAUCUGGACCCAACGACCAAUGUACAAGUAGUAGUAGAGGACAACCUCAACCACGACCAUCUUCUACAUCUACUGCUUGAUACAACUACUUCUACUUCAAUAGGCGCCGAAGCUGGUAGUGUCUGUGUCGCGGAGGGAGAUGCAGUGGAUAAGCUGAUGGCAGCAGACAAGAGCGUGCCCCAAAGGAUAGCAUUAUCUGAUCACAUCGGAGGAGGACCUGGUGGAGCGGGUGGGAGUAGGAGAGGUAUAUUUACUUUUACAUUAACGGAGUACUAGGAGAGGUAUAUUUACUGAAUGGUUCCGGUAUUUGGUAACCUGAAUUUGAUCAUAAGGGAAAACAAGAAGAGAACCCUUAGGAUCAAACUCUGGUUACCAAAUAGAAAUACCAGAGCCAUACAUUUACUUACAUUAAAUAAAGGAGUGGCGGGAGAGGUAUAAUAGGAGGCGCGAGUACCAAGAAUACAACUCUCAUCUGUUGUAUAUCAAUUUCAAUCUUCGUAUUUGUCAUGAUAUUAAAGAGUCAGCUUGUUGAAGACAAUGAUAAUGUUAGUUUUGUCCUGAGUCAUCGUGAAGAUCAAGAAUUAAGAUUCCAACCCAGGUUCAAACGACGGUCGUAGUAGAGGUAGUCGCUCAUUACCAUCUAUAGGAGGUGGUUCUGCUGGCGGCGCGUCUUCCUCUUCGAGACCAAAGAUGACCCCUAUCGAUCUGCAUAAUGACAAGAGGAGGAAUCGGAGAAGAAUCUACGCGCCAGAGAGCUUGACGUUGGAUGCGUGGUAUCAAUAGCUACUCUCGUAUUUUUUCUUUGUUUGAAUCGAUCAUACUGGGUAUAUCAUAACAUAGUUCUAGAUACUCAGCAACAGCAUGCAUGUGCAUGCUUCAGCAGAAGCGCUCAUACCAUAGUCUAGAUUUUUCACUCAGCUAGAACAAUACAGAAGAAAGAUAUACCCCAUCCAACAUUCAAUCAUCUAUCACACGACCACACCAUCAGGCUUGACGCGAAUUCGCAAGCAUCGACUUACUCUGUGUCAACUGAUGUGUCGGACUAUUCACGGUGGACUGGUAUAAGCGAGAUGACCGAGACAACAGAAGGGAGUAUCACCUCCGAACCUCUACCGUGUAUGAAAACGCAAUACCGAUUCCAUCGACGAGGGUUCGCAAUAAAUCGAAGAAAGUGGCGAACGAUGCGUAACCAUGAUGGGAAAAAAGUGCCCGACGCAGGCUACCCCGAAGACAGGCGUUUCCAGACAAGCAUGAAAAACCAAUUCCCCAAUCACAACGCGGCAAUACUAAACCCCUUGGAGAAAGAUGAGAAAAUGUACUACUACACCGUCGCUUUAUUUUCCUCAUCAACAUCAUGAUCUACCACAACACGCAAACAAAGUCUUCAACGACCACAACUAGUACUAGUACUAUCUGCUCAAUUUAUUUUAUAUUCCUCUCUAACAAGUCAAACAACUCAAAAAAUUCAAAGUCAACAUCUAUAACAACUACUUACGUACCCCAGCAUAAAAAUAUAGAGAAUCCCUCUACGACCAAGUAGGUACGCCUCCGUCUUCAAGCCUGAGAGUCAUCCUAUGAUAGCGGAUGCUUUGGAUACGAUGCCGGCGAAGCAGAGCCAUGAGUUUCUGGAGAUGGUCCGUUGCCUCCACCAAUUAAGGAAAGAAGCCAAACCAAGAACAACGACUGAGAGGGAGUACGACUUUUAUGGCUGGUUUGAGAUUAAAAUUGAAAUACUUUUCUUUUUUCUAUCUUCCUCUGGUUACGUCGGCUCCGCCACAAUCAAUACAAAUAUAAUAAGUAGAUCUAGAAGAUUAUUACCCUUUUCUUUAUUCUAUCUUCCUCUGGUCUUUCUUUUUUCUAGUUAGGUCGGCUUCACCGCAAUUUUUAAGACAAAUAAGUAGAUCUUCUAGAACUUCUAGAUCCUAGCAGGAGGAGGUUUGAGAUCUUCACGAAAUAACACGGCAACAAGAACAAAAAUGACACCUUCGUCGAAGAAAAUCAGAAACUACUUCAUCUAGCAGUAGUACCUUCCCUACUAUUUUACGUGUACGACGUCCUCUACCAGCUACAUGAUCUACCAAGAACUAGCAACCCCUGCCUGUUUGUUUCUAAAUCUGAGAAGAGAACAAGAGAUUAUACACGCCGCCCGCUGCCAAGUAUCUCUCCGACCCAGCUGAUUUGCGGAAGAGCAGCAUACCUCUAGGAACUUUAACCGAGAACCUCAACAAGUAUCAAGUCCAGCUAGGCAAGCCAAGGCUGAUAACGGCACAAGAUUACGCGGCAAAAACGGCAGAGGUAUUUGUUCUAAUUAUUCUAUGUUCUUGUAGCGACGUAAGAGGUGGUGCUGACUGAAGAAGACGCUGAAGAAAAGGAUGAGAGGAGAAAGAAGAACGUAACACAAGUCUCGACGAAUUGUAGCGACGUAAGUAGACAGCCCUGCAGCGGCGCGAAGAUGAUCGAAUCAUGUAGAUGAGUCAAUAAUUAUUAUUCUCCAAUCAGCCUGCCUUUGAAGGUGAGACCUAUGGGGCUGACAGGACGACGAUAGCGCCGGCGCUUAGUUAGUUUUAGCAGUUAGCAGGAUACUUUAGGAUACUUGUUGAUAGUUGCCCUUUUCUCUUUUAUAUCUUCCUCUGUCUGGUCUGUCUUUUUUCUAGUUAGGUCGGCUCCACCACAAUUAUUCUCCAAUCAGCACCUUAAUAUCGAUCAUGACCACCAUGAUCCACUUUCACUCACCUUUACCUCUAUACUUCUCAGGUUCUCGACCUGGAGGCUGACCCCACGCAAGCGCCUUUUGUGCCGACAUCGAAAAGCAAUGCCCUCAACGACGAUGGAACGGCAAUGUCGGACAUCUUUUCGAUGGGAGACCAGCUAGACCCUGGAGUUGAAGGAGAUGUUUUUGUUUGAUGCUCUGGAGUUGGAGGAGAAGGAGAACAAGGACGAGUAGAAGAGGUUUUUGUUUAAUUGGUGUGUCUCUUUACCUAUAGAUUUGGAGUUUUGUUGAAAUUGAACUACGAGUUUUGAUGUUACAAAAUCUUACACUAGCAUGAACAAGCAUGGAGUCGAUUAAGUAACUGAAUCACGUUAAGCUUAAGAUUGAUGACGCAGAGAAAAACCACAAAAUUAACUGACCGUGUAGUUGCCACGCGAUAGAAGUUAUGACUAUCGAAGCUCAAGUUAAAGUUUGUGUUUUCAGAACAAGAGAAAGAGCGAGUCCUGCACGAUUCAGGAUUCCUUUGCUGAGUAGUUUAUUGUUGUUGUUAGAAAAUCAUACCUACUUAGAUGAAAACUAAAUGAACAAUUCAGCUAAAGCCAUCGCAGAAGUUACUUAGUUGUGUCUUUUUGAAGCUGAAUCAGAAUCAUAUGAAUGUGGAAGCUAGUAUUGUCCCACCCAAUAUUCAGGAGUCCAAUUACAGCUUCAGUUUUUAUCCUAAAUAGAAAUAUAGUGAACUUUAACAAGCGCAAGCCUGAUGCUGAUCAUAUGCACAUGAAGUUCAAGUUGAAGUUUCCUACUUCUUCUACCUAAAUAAAAUGAACCAGAAACUAAUCUAUCAUUUUUAUAGCUUUCAGUUAUGCUAAGCCAUUUUGAUUUCUCAUCUAUUUCAGCGACAAUAGAAGAAGGUACUUGUACAAUUUCGACGCCAGUUGACUGGUGAGUUGUGCUAAAGGACGGCUCAGUCUUGUUCUUCAACAAAAUCUUCUUGAUUGAUUCCAUUUACAACCUGCUUUUUAGAAUUCACUUCCAUUCACUUACAAGGAACAACCAUAAGAUGCAGUUGUUCCACAUAAGCUCUGAAGACCCUUUGAUUUUUCAUCUAUUGCACCUACCAUCAUUACAUUCAUGCAGGAGGCGAACUCCACCAUACGCGAUUUUUCUAUCUCAUCUAUGUCUUCGCGCAACAACCAUGAAAAAUGAAACAAGAGCCUAAAAAUUGCGUUUCUAAAAAUAUUCAUCUUCGUCUAAACCAAACUCGGGACGACUAGUACUAGACGUGGUCACGG